AUUCUAAUUAAUCUGUAUUAAUCAAAGAAAAACCGUGACGCUGUGACAAAAAGCCGUCAAAAGUGUCGCAGCGUCACGGUUUUUCUUUGAUUAAUACAGAUUAAUUAGAAUAGUUUCGAACUUAAAAACCUAUCACAUUUUGUAGAGCAAACAAUUUUUUACAAACUGGUAUACUUGUUCAAUUUUCGCCUGCUCGUCUUCACUCUUUUAGACACGUUUUUCAGACAGCCCCCAGAUCGAUUUUUGGGUUGUUUGUACAACAACUGUAUUUUCAUAACGAAUCAACAUUCAGAACCAAGACACUUUCAUUUUGUAGAGAAAUGUUUAAUCUACUUAAUUAUCUAGUUGCCAUUUCAGAUUAGUUUGUAGGUUUAUUGCAAUAACUUCUUGAAAAUGAGCGAAAAAAGGGGACCGUUAGCUGGACAAGCCGCCAAGUACUUAGAAAAGUACUUCGUCUCAAGUACAUUCGCUAGGGAUAGGUUUCCAUUGGGUUAUUGAUUUUUUUCGAAACAGACAAACAAUCUUUCGCUUACUCAUGUGAUGAUUACAUGUUCUUUUAGGCAGUUUUGUUCCGGUUUAUAAAUAUUCUUCUUAAAUGAAGAUUAAAUACGUCGUAUAGCUGAAGGAGAAUGUGCUACACAAGUAAUUUUAGUGGAAAAUAAUGUAGAAAAAGGAAACAAGAGGUUAGAAAGUCUAAAGAAAUCACCUUUCUCUGCGCAAGAGUAGAGAAAAAGUGCAUGAAAUAGAUCCGAUCGAUUCACAUUGAGUUCAAAGAAAAAAUAGGAUGUUGCUCUUCCAAAAAAUCAAAAUACUAAUCAGAAAUACGAAAGAAAAAAACGGAAACAAUUUUUUUUAUAUUUCUAAUGUCCUGUAAGGAAGGAACCGUGAUCAGGUCAUCUAAAUAUUCACUAGGGUUUUGUUACUAAGUUUGUUUUAGAUACACAACAGCCAUCAUAACUCGUUACAAAGACGAUAAUCGAAUUGCCAUCUGGGAUCUAUACAAUGAACCUGAAUGUAGUAAACAAGUACCCGUUGUUCUACCAUUACUAAAGUAUAUUUACAACACUGCUCUAAAAGUAAAUCCGUCUCAACCACUAACAAUUGGAAUUGCAAAACCCUUGACGAACGAACUCGGUCAAUAUGAGCUGUCUGUAUCAGACAUAAUUACAUUUCAUUCGUACGCACCACUAGCUGAAGUUACUAAAAAUAUUACUGAAUUUCGUCGACUAUCGAAACGACCCAUUUUAUGCACAGAGUAUUUGGCUCGUCCAUUCGGAAGUACAUUUUUUACACAUUUAAACUAUUUUCGAGAGAAUAAAGUGGGUGCUAUUCAUUGGGGAUUUGUCGCAGGUAAAAGUCAAACAUAUUAUCAAUGGAAAUCACCGGAGAAUGCCUCGAUGCCUCGUGUAUGGUUUCAUGAUAUGCUCUAUCGAAAUGGAACACCAUACAGUCAAUAUGAAGCACUGCUAUUCAAAAACUUGGAUGAAAAAGAAAAUGAAGUCGAACAAAACAACGAUCAAUCAGAAUGA